AUGAAAGAUUUUGUUAAACUCAUAGUUGUAAAGGUAAGUGUUGAAGAUGGUAAUCACAUUAGAGAAGGUGAGGCAGAAACCAUGGUAGCUAGUGGGACUGAAGCUGUAGUCAUGCCUACUGGGGUUGCUGGGUGGUCACAGGUGUGGUGCCUGCCACAACAGCUCCGAUGCCAAAGUCAAUAUAUGGAAGCUUUUGAGAAUAAUAAGAAAGUUCUAGAUAUCAGAAUAUCAAUGACCUUUUAUUUGUGGACAUUUACUGCCCUGAUCAUAGAAACUAUUGCUAAUGUUGAAUUGCAGGUUCUCCUUGCACUUGUAAAAUCAAUUGCUUCUAAUGCAGGUGUCGAUGGAGAAAUUCUUGUAGAGAAGACUAGAACUUGUAAUUGGCAAACUGGAUACGAUGCAAUGACAGGCAGAUAUGAAGAUCUUCUCAGUACUGGAGUUGUAGAUCCUUGUCAGGUUUCAAGGUGUGCACUUCAAAAUGCAGUGUCAAUUGAUAGUGUAGUUCUUAUCACUCAAGCUGUGUUGGUGGAAAAGAUGAAGAAACCUAAGCCAACUAUGCCUCAUGUUCCAAUCAAAACUCCUUCAAGAAAAAAUUAG